AUGGGUUGCUUAACUUGGAUUAGAGGGCUAAAAAUCUCAUUUCCAAUCAAAGACAAAGAGUUAAACAAAAUAGCAGCCUUUUUUAACUUGAGUACAUUUCUGCUGACAUGUGCUGCAUUGGUUCAGCCGAGUUGGUUCAGGAUCAGAGGCCUACAUUGUAUUGAAAGCCUUUCUCUAUCUCAGUUCUUCACAUUUGAUCAAAGUGAUGAGCCAGAAAUAUCCAUUCAUCAAAAUGCAGAUAUUUAUGGACAUUUUAAUAUUAUGACUGGAACAGAUUUUAAUGGUCUUCCGCCAUGCACAACACCAGAGAUAAUAUCACUUAUGAGAGUUCUAAUACUAUUAUGUUUCAUGGUGUUAAUAUGUUCCUGUGUUGGUGUGCUUAUAAACAUUACAUCACUGAAUAAGCAAGCAAUCAGAAUGUUAAGACGUAAUGCGGUACCGAGUAUAGUGUGUGUGUUUUGGGUGAUUGCAAUAGUAGGAGUUUGUUACUAUACAACAGUUGUAUUGGGAAAUGUGAAUAACAGCGAUCCUAAUGAAAUUCAAGUUGAUUAUGAAUAUGGAUUUUAUACUAUAACUGGAGCUGGUUGCACUGCCCUCUUAGCUUCUGCAGCCAACCUCUGGGGCGCUCCUCUUUCUAACGAUGAAGAUGUCCAACGUAGGAACCUAAUGGAAGAUUGGGACGGUUAUGAAGCGCAUAGUGUUGGUCCCACUCCAUCCAUACCAGCAUUACCCCCAUACACACCUAGUGCCUACCCUGCCGGAUAUGCCCCAUCAGCCCAUCCUGCGUUUGCCACACCUGUUUUGGGCACCCAACAGUAUUUUCCUUUUGAUGAUUUGUCCACUUUGCCGCCACCCCCACCGUAUACGCCCUAG